AUGUCUGAGCCUUCGUCUGUGACGUCUGAAGAAAGCCUGGGCACCAAGGAAGCCGAGCCCUCCAAAGCCGAGCCGAAGGAACCGAAGCAGAAGGCAGCGAAGCGCCACCGCCGCCGCUCUGACGGCAUCGACAGCUUUGCCACCUAUUUCCCCAGGGUGCUGAAGCAGGUCCACCAGGGCCUGAGCCUCUCGCAGGAGGCCGCGAAGGUCAUGGAUUCGUUCGUUCAGGACAUCUUUGAGCGAAUCGCCGACGAGGCGGCGCGCCUGGUCCGCUCCAGCAAGCGCUCCACCCUCAGCUCCAGAGAGAUCCAGACCUCCGUGCGCCUGCUGCUGCCUGGGGAGAUGGGCAAGCACGCCGUGUCCAAGGCCAACAAGGCCGUCAUCAGAUACACCACCGGCAAAUGA